GUUGAUUCAGACUGUGCAAAUAAAUUACUUAUAAAAGCUGCAUGUGAUAUUCUACGCCAAGCCUCUAAUAAUAACAAAUUUACUCUUGUACACAUCGAAGCUUCAUCCUUAUCAGGGUUGAACGCCCAGAUACCAGUCGCUGAUGAGGCUAUCUGUAGGCUGAUACAUUCUGAAUCUGAAGGAUGUGUCAAAUCAAAUAGCAUUAGUAAUCCAGAAAAACCCCCAAAUCCACUCAACUAUAAUCAAUUUCACUCCCAACUGAGAGCUGUGAAUAUUGAUACUUCAGAGAACGUCGAAGCAUUUUAUUUAGACCGAAUAGACUUAUUAAGAGGGACGUUCGGUGUUCUGUUGUUUUUAUAUUCUGUUAUGUCAACAAAGGGUCUUGAUAAUUUAAGGUCUGAGGUUUCUGAUCCAGAUGAACCGCUAAUUGAUAGUGAAUUUGGGUAUGGAAGUCAAAGUUUAAUCAAUUUAAUGAUAACUGGCCAAGCUGUCAAUUAUGUGUGGAAUAACUAUCAAGAUAUCGGUGGCCUAAAACUAAGGGGCAUCAGUAAACAAAGUGAAGUAGGUUUUUUAACUUUACUUGAACAUCAUAGGUAUUGUGAAGUAGGUUCAUUUUUGAAAAACCCAAUAUCACCAGUUUGGAUACUAGGGAAUGAAACUCAUCUUACAGUUUUAUUCUCUUUUGAAAAAGCUCUAGUCUGUACAGAAACACCAAGCGAAGUUGCUCGAAGAGUGUUCAAAAGCUUUGAUCCUGAUGGAAAUAAUUUUAUUCAAACUGACUUGUUACAAGAUGUCUUAAAUAUUUUAGAUCUUGUUUCUGAGCCUGAAUAUGUUGAUAUAAUGAGGAAAAAAUUGGACUCGGAAAAUCUCGGCAUCAUUCUGCUGUCUUCUUUUAUGGAUGAAUUUUUCUCUGAGGAAACAAACUCAACUCCUGACACAUUCACAUUAUUUCAUUACAAUGGUCUUCCUCGUUCAUGUCCAAAUAAUAAGGUUGUGUACCAAGAAGGAAAAGCUGUCCUCUUAGAGUGCAGCGUUCGCAGCGUUUGUGAGAGCAAUCCCAUGCUUACAUGUUUACAGACGCGUUGGCCUAAUAUAGAAAUUCUGUGGGUGAAUGGCACCACACCCUCCUUAAAUUAAAAACAAAAGGACUUCAAUUCACAUCAAAAUCAUACUGCUUUCUGCUCAUUAUGAACACUGAUGGGCGAAAAUGUUUCUCUAAUUGUCUGUCAUGUUUACAAUGUGAGGUUUUCAUUUCAAAGUCAAUGUGUAUUCCAUUUUUAGAAGUGUUUAUUUCUGUUACUGCACAUUCAAAGUAAAAAAAUGUUCUUUUUCUCAUAGUCAUGAUUUUCAUCUCAGUAAAGACACGCAAAACCAAUCAUUGAAAUUGAUCCUUAAGGAAUUAUGAAAUCACCUAUUUUUGGUAUUUCAAGAAAUUGUGUUUUUUCUUUACCCACAUUAUUACUAUAGGAAUUAAUGCAAAGGAAACUAAAAUCACUCUACAGUUGUUUUGUUUGUCAAUUAUUUUUAAUUGAUACAUUCCAUAAAUUUAUGAAAAUAA